AUGUAAUUUUUAAAAACUAAUCCUAAUGAAUUUAUCUCAUCAGAUUAUGAUAGAACUAAUUAAAUUGAUGAUUACACACUCUUUAACAAUGUUUGUUACAAGUCUUCCCAAGCAUAAAUACCAACUGAAACUUAAAUCUAAAUUAAAAAUGUCAAUUUAUGUUAAUCCUAAGACUUAUGCUUAUAAACUACCAGAGAUAGUAUUCAAUUAGAAUUACAAAUUCAAUAGUAAUCGAUUAAUUGAACUACAUCAUCAAGAUACUUAAGACUGUAAAGUGUGAAUCAGAAGUCCAACAAAAGAUUUUCAAUAAUGCCAAUAAACAAUUUUUGAUACUAUUGAAAGGAUUGUAGAUUAUAGAUGAACUCUUAUCUAAUUGUAAAGAAUCAUCAACCAAGAUACUUUUAGAAUUAAAAUAAAGUAUCAUUUCCAUCUAUUUAGAUUAUGUUUAAGAGAGAUCAAUUAAAGCACUUAUAGCAAAUGAUGUAAAUAUAAGGAUGUUACAAAUGCCCUAUAAUUAUUUAUAGACAAAUUUCUUACCUAAUAUGAACUAACAAUUUAAAUCACAUGAAUAAAAUAUGUGUGCUACUCAAACUUUAACUUAAGAAAUCAAGAUUGUUGGAACUCAAAUUCUUAUGAUAAACUUAAUGAUGCCUUCUGCUAUUGAUACAGAUUAAAAUGACAUCAUGUCAUUAAAUAGUACUCAUCCAGUUUGGAAGAAAUUAGAUUGCAUCAUAACAAGAAAAGUAUAAUUCCUAAUUAUUUAAAAGUCUUUAGGAGACCCUGAAUAAAUUAGACAAUCUUUUGAAUCAUUUGUAUAAUCUGUUAUGGUUGGUCAUGCUUUAGUUAAUGAUUGUAAGAAGAAUUCAAGUAGAUGGGGUAAAAUAUUUUCAGUCAGUCUGAAUUCUCUAUAUUAUUUUUUAUCAAGUUCUGCUGCAGAAAAAGGAAUGAAAGAUCAUAUGAGUUAAUUAAGAGCUGAUACUGCACACUAGGCUAUGAAUUUUAUUGAAUUACCAGGAGUUAAACAUUUAAUUAAUUUGGGAUUACCUAAAAUUGCUACAAACUUAAAAUUUUAUAUAUUGCCAGUUGUUUUGCCACUCACAAUUCAAGAAGCCAACAAAUAAAUUAAAUAAGGUAUUUAUGAUCAAAUCUCUACUCAUCCAAUUGAAUAUGUAAAUUAAGAAAUCCACAGAGAUGACAAAUUCUUAUUUGUUAAAAAUGAAGCUAGAAUUAGAAUUAGAUUAUUGUACAACUAACGUGUGAUGGAAAAGGAUAAUAUUUUUAGUUUUCUAAAAUCAUUCUUCAUAAAACAAAACAAUACUUUUGAAGAUAAGAUUAUCAUUCAUAUUCAUGGAGGUGGUUUUAUCUCAUAAUCUUCAUCAAGUCAUUAAUGUUAUACUAGAGAUUGGGCUAUCAAUUUAAAUGUUCCCAUCUUUUCUAUUGAUUAUAGUUUAUCUCCAUAAUAUCCUUAUCCAAUACCUUUAGAUGAUUGUUGGCAAGCUUAUAAUUGGAUAAUAAAAUAUUCUGAAAAAACAUUUGGUAUAAUUCCCAAUAAGAUUAUUGUCACUGGUGAUAGUGCUGGUGGUAAUUUAGCUACUGCCUUAGUUGGUUUAAUAAUUAAAUAUAAAUUAUAAAUUCCAAAUGGAUUGAUUUUGAAUUAUCCUGCUAUUGAUAUACGAUUUUAAUACACUCCUAGUUAUUUGAAUUCCAUGAAUGAUAAAAUUCUUAGUCAUACUAUAUUAGGAAUUUGUAUUGAAUCUUAUUCAGCUCAUCCUGAUUCAUAAUUGGGAAUUGAUUCAUUUAUGAGUCCUUUGUUGUUGUCAUAUGAUAUUUUAAAAUAUUUCCCACCAACAAGACUAUUUUGUGGAAAUAAAGAUCCUUUAUAUGAUUAAGUAUUUAGACUAGCUUCAAGAUUAUAGUAAUAUUAUUUAUUUAAUAUUAUUUAGAGUAGUAUAGAGAGAUGUCAAAAUAACUAUAUAUGAAAAUUUAUCACAUGGUUAUUUAAAUUUUAAUACUAUAAAAGGAAUGUCAGAAAUUAAAUAAUGUAUAUUAGAUAGUUAAGAUGCCUUUUAGGAAUUAUUAAAUUGA